CCAUGUUCUUCCUACCUGCCUGUAACUUACUCUCAGUGACAGACCACCAGUGGAGAACCAUGUCUGUCCCGGACCGCACUCAUGGUGGUAGACCCAGUCUAGUGAACGUUGAGGCCCGGAACCGCUCCGAGCUCUUCAGAGCAGAGUGCUUGAAGCUGAUCUUGGAAACUGACAAAGCUUGCAAACGAAUGCAAAAUGAUGACAACAUGCGUCUAGAUCAGCGGGUCAGAGACAUUGAGUUUCUGAAGAAGGAGUUGGAGCUGAAGUUGGAGGAGAUUGUUGUUGAGAUUGAUGACCUCACAGCAGUGAACGCCAGAGUGGUGAAAGCCCUGGAGGCUUGCAAAGAGCCUCUGAGAGUCACCGUUCUCUGUCUGCAGGACAGAAUGAAACGCAUGGCCUCUGUUAAGCUGCAUGAUGAGGUGGACAGAGAGCUGCUGAAGGAGAGGGAGGUGAUUGAGGGCGUGGCUUCCCUUCUGCAGCGUGUAUUAGAGCAGAUCACUGAGCAGAUACGAUUGAACCGAUCUGCCAAGUACCACCUAGAGCAGGAUCUGAAGGCGAAAUCUGAGGCUCAGUGUAUCGACAACUCCUGUGCCUUAAUGACCACCCAUUCCAUCGACAACCUGCAUAAGUCCAAAAACACCAAAACUGUUCUGCCGAGCUUGGCGGUGACUCAAAAGCAGUGGGCGAACAUCUCAGACAUCAACAUAGCCAAAGCGGAGCAGCAGAAGAACAACUCUGAGAAACUACGGGCCCUGGUGGAGUCUCUCUUGCAGCAGACGGCCGCAGACAUGCAGAAACAGGUCCAGGCCACAACAGCAGCCUUUCAGCUGAACGUCCAGGAGAUCAAGUCUGCCAAGGGCCAGAUGGAGGAUCAGCUGCCCGAGAUUCUGUCUGAGCUUGCCAGCCAGCAGAGGGUCAGAGAGGAUCUCCAAGUGGCCAUCACAGAGAAUGAACAUGUUCUGAGUUUGGCCCAGGCCCGGCUGGCUUUGCGCCGCCAGAGGCCUGCCAAAGAGCAAUGCUACGAUCCAGCACAGUCCCAGCUCCUCGCAGAGGUCCAGCAGCUCGGGGCUCACAUCACCAAACUGCAUGAGGCAGUGGCCCAGUCAGAGAAGGAGCAGAGGGCUCUGGUCCGCUGCCAGCUGGAGCUGCAGGAAAACAUGGAGAUCAAGGCCAACUCUCUCUACAUUGACGAGGUCAUCUGCGCCCAGCACAGGGAGACCAUUAUCAUACAUAACUUCUGAAAGGUCCACCUAUACCAAGUAUUACUUUCAAAAUGCAGUUGUAUUAAAAUUCUCUUUAAAAUA